ACACAACAUUGACAUUCGCACAAAGACGCUAACACACACACACACACACACACACACACACACUCACAAACGCAAACCCAAGCAGACAUUCAGUAAAAAAAUAACGAACACAGCCAACCCUACCAUACCCACCACUCCCAAAAAACAAAAACAUCCCAACAACAACAAAUAAUUUACAUUAGUAAUCAUAUCUUCCCAUCACUCUCGUUCACAGACGCACGCGAAGAGGUCCACCAUCCACAUCUACACACACAUACAUAAAUACAUAUACGUCGACACACACAUAUAUAUAUGUAUAUAUACUCGCAUACAUGUGUGUGUGUGUGUAUAAAGUGUGAGAGAGAAAAGGGGUGAAAGAGAGAGAGAGCAUGUGUAAGUGUGGAUGUAACGUGGUGACGUGUUGAGAAAGGGAGAGAGAGAGAGAGGGGGGAGGGAUGUUUAUGAUAACAGAGGAAAGAUACGGCCCAGACACUUGGUGUGCAACCUUCGCAAAGAGAAAAGCUCCGCUACGAAUCGCUCUCGCGACCGGUUCUUUUUUUUUUUUCAGUAUCGGGAAAAAAUAACAACAGCGAACCCCUUUUUAAAACUCCUCCUUUUAAGCAAUCCAAGGAUUACUACUGUUACUAUUAUUAUUAUUGUUAUUAUUUAAUAUUAAUGAUACAUUUAAUUGUUGCUUAUUAAGAAGAAACACAAGAGCAAAGGAUAAACAAAAGACGAUUAUAUUAUUUUGCACGCAUUAAAAGAAAAUAUAGAAUUGAUAAUAAUAAUAAUAAUAUUAAUAAUAAUAUUAAUAAUUGAAAGAAAAGUUUAUUUGAUCUGCUGACAUCGAUAACAACAGCAAGAAGACUAAUUAAUUGUCAUUAUCUCAUUAGCAUCAGAUGUUAUUAUUUAAUAUCGUCACCAAACAAUUAAUUUCACAACGAUGUUAAUAACAGUAACGACACCAGCAGCAGCAGCAACAAGAAGAACAACAACAACAGCCACACCAACAGCAGCAGCAGCAACAACGACUGGAACAACUUAGAAAAACACCAGCAGAAAGAACAACAUCAACGGGAACACUUUGGUUUUAAACAGCGAAACGGAACAAACAAUAAUAAUACGAGAAAAAGAAACCAAUCAAAAUAUUGGAACAUUGAUUAGCGAAAUCGCUGUUGUCAAUAUCAAUGAAAUAUAUAAUGGACACGGCGAUAACUACAAAGAAUACGGUGAUUAUUACAUCGAUGAUAAACUUUACGAUAAUGAUGAUGAUGAAAAUGCUGAUGCGUGUUUUACCGAGCAAAAUAACGAAACCUUCAACGAUAAGUGUAAAUCUAACAACAAUGAAAAAUUCGACAUUGCUAGAUACUAUCACUACAUCGAUGUUAUCAAUGAUGCUAUCGAGUACAAUAGUAAAGAUAACGUGGUGAUAAUGGGGAUUAGUGCUUAUAAUGCAGAUUAUUCAAUGAUUAGGAUUCAGUUAAUUAAAAGAGAGAUUUUAGAGAGAGAAAGCGGACAUCAGAGCACAGCGUAAGCGAAUGAUACAGUAAUUACUACAAAAACAACAAUAACCUCCAUCACCACCACUUGUACUACUACCACUACUACAGAAAUAGAAGUACCAAUAGUAACAAUUCCCACCUCGAACGUAAACUUUGCUACGGAAAACAAGAGCAGCAACAACAACAAUACUAAUUAUAACAACAGCAGCAAGAACGCGAACAAGAAGGUAUCACAUAAGAUUGUUUAUCGUUCAAAAGCGCGAGGAUUCACGUCUAUGUCGCACCUUUUGCACAGACACACGUACACACACACAUAUACAAGCUGUAUAAACGCAUGAGAUAAUUUCGAAAAGUCUCAUAGCACAUACAUACAAUAGCAACAACAAAAACAAUACAAAUAUUAACAGACUAUCGUCCACAUUUUGAAUCGAACCCACAAUUUUGACUUCCUUUUCCAUUCACCUUAUUUCUGAUUUCUGUUUACCGGAAAUAUAUUUCUUCUUCCUCCAUUUUCAAAGUUACUCUUUCAAAACUUUCGACACAGACUUCUCCUCCCACCAUCUCCUCCACUGACACUACUACUAAUAACAACAAUAAUAAUAAUAAUAAUCUAUGAACAUAACUAAGAAAUACUUUUGGAUGUUUUUGGCCCCUUUCCGUACCCAUUGCCAUCGCUCUGUCCAUUCAUAAGAGGGCUGAUCUAGUUUUUUUUCUUUACACCAAACUUUCUGGCCCUGUGCCUUUGUUAAGAAAUUAUUAUUAUUAUUAUUAUUUCAAUUUCACUCGUUCUUGUAUGAUGAGGUUUGAUAUGAAAUCUAUCCUUCCAAGGGAGACAGCAGAUGAGGUACCGGAUAAACAACAAGCAUUCCCUAACAUCGUCCCUGGUUCCAGGCAGAACAACAAGAACAACAACCACCACAGCAACAACAAUAGCAAUAACAGUAACAAUAAUAAAAACAUAACCACGACCACCUCCACCUUAAGAAUGUCGUCUUCGUCGUCAUCGUCGUCGCUGCCGGCUCGGAUAACAAGUUUCGGCACGUCUAAUGGUCUGCAUCUGGAUUCGAACCCGCCGUUGUCACCUUUGGACCACAUAGAUCAAAGUCAUCCUCUCCAUCCUCACCACCAUCUCCACCAUCACCACCAUCAUCACCACAACCACCAGCAGCAGCAGCAACCACCACUCCAACACCAUCACAACUACCAACAUCACCACCACCUCAACAACAACAACAACCAACAGCAGCAGUUACAGCAGCAAAACCAAAUUGACAGUAGUAUUAAUAUCAGCAACAAUCACAAUAGCAACAACAAUAAUAACGGCAGCAGCAGCAGCAAUGGAAGCAGUCACAAGAUCAACAGCAGUGACGGAAGCAGCAGCGGCGGCGGCGGCAGCAACAAAAAUACCAGCAGCAGCGGCAAUAAUGUUAUUGCCGGACGGAAUGGUCAUUUAAACCAAAAUCACCUCAACAACAAUAACAACAACAACAGUAAUAAUUCCAAUCCGAAGAACAAGACUCACGCCCAUCACUACCAUCAUCAUCAUCACCACCACCGGCGCCACCAUCCCCACCAUCACCAACAGCACCAACAUGGUCAACAACAACAGCACAGUCUCAGCAGUAAUUCGAAACUGUGUCCCAGUGAAUGCAAGUCGCCGUCAAUAACACCAUCGCCACCACCACCUGUCCUACCAUCCUCAUCUGCACCAUUACUGCAAACAACGAAUGUAAGAACGUCACCGCCGUCAUCUUCGUCCCCAACAACGCCACCUGCUCCAACGUCUUCACCGCCACCACUUCUGCCUCUGCCAACGCCAGCUCCGACGGUGUUUCCGUUGCCAGCCUCCCCGCUCGCGUCGUUGCCGCCGACUGCAGGACUGGAAGACGACAUGAGACACGAUAUUGACGUUGACGUCGACGUAGAUGUUGACGUCGACGUUGACGAGAACGACGACUACCUCGAUGAUGAUGACUUAGAUGACGAGGGCGACGGCGACGAUGCUGACGGCGACGUAGACGACGGUGAUGACGACUUAGAUGACGCUCCAAUUGACGUUGACGGUUUCUGUCCGACGCCAGAUUUGAAACCUUCCCUCUCAGAUUUAGAUACCUCACCGAAUACUGCGUCUUCUUCACCAUCAAUGUCAUCAUCCUCUCCAUCAGCAUCUUCCCCACCAUCAUCCUCAUCACAAUCACUGUCAUCAACGGCAGCAGCGGCGGCGGCGGCGGCGGCAAUGGCAUCGUCCCUCUCAUUAACAUCACCAACAAACAACAACAGAAGCAAUACGCCGUCACCACCAACAACAUUAACAACAACAACGUCUGUGUCAACGACAAUAGCAGCAGCAGCAGCAGAAGCAGCAGCAGCAACAACGACGACGACCCCAACGUCAGCGGCGGCCAUUUUCGACUGCAUGAAUGGUAUUGCUAGCCACAUUGACCACAUAGGGAGACACACGGAAAGAGACAACAAUACAGUGUCGCCGCCAAUCAAACACAAAGUAGAAAUCGAAGACGAUCUGAAUGGACAUCACACUGAUGGGGAUCGGACACCGUCACCUUCUGUGCCGCUGGCGUCCUCGACCAAAGGUUCGAAUUUAGUGAAACCUCCUUAUUCAUACAUUGCUCUCAUCACCAUGUCCAUUUUACAAUCACCUCGCAAAAGGCUUACACUGUCUGCCAUAUGUGAUUUCAUAAUCAACCGUUUCCCAUAUUACAGAGAGAAAUUCCCGGCUUGGCAAAACAGUAUAAGACACAACCUGUCACUGAACGACUGUUUUGUAAAAAUACCUCGCGAACCGGGAAAUCCGGGAAAAGGAAACUACUGGACCUUAGAUCCCGCCUCCGAGGACAUGUUCGACAAUGGUAGCUUCUUGCGACGCCGAAAACGCUACAAAAGGCAGACACCGGACGUUCAACAGUCGGCGGCGGCGGCAGCGGCAGCGGCUUUCAUGUCCGGCGGAGACCCUUUUUACCCUCACCAUCGCUUCCAGCCCUACCCAAUUAUGGGCUUACCGUACCACACGUCUCACGUCAGCCCCCACAUCCCGCUCUUUGCUCACGGCGGCGCCGAUGCAAACAGGACAUCAACGCUACUGCCCGUUUCGUUGGGCCUCUCCACGUCACCUAGUCAAACGAGUUUACUAAAUGCAGCCAAGAGCAUUGCUGCAAACUGCGGAGUUGAACUGAAACCACCGGCUCCAACGGCCAAGAACGGAUUUUCAAUCGACAGUAUUAUCGGUAAACAAUCGGAAGGCAAACUAAACCUCGAAACACAACCGACAGCCCUCACCUGUUUCCGAACUGAUUUGUCGCCAGCCACUGUCCAAAUGUCAAUGCCAAGUGGUUUACCAGCAUUUCGGCCCGCGAGCAUCGACAUGUUUCGACAGGCGACCAGUGCUUUCAGUAGCCCGUUUGCUUUUGCUGUCAACCCAUUGGAUGUUGACAAAUACAGGCAUUAUUUACAAACGUGUGGUUUAGCCGGAUGGCCUCGGUGACAGCGUUCGCCACCACCUACCAUUAGUACUGACUCUAAAUUAUAAAUACAUACACAGAAAGAAAAACACACUCACACACACACACAUGGUCAUUUGAAAAUUUCAUUGUAUGAAACAUAAUUAAAAGUAGAAGCAGUAAAAAUAAAGGAAUACAACAAGUAAACAACUGAUGUACAAAACAGAAACAAAAAAAGUGAUGAAAAUCAAAAGAAGAAAACAGAAACAGUUUACAACAAAACUUAUUCUAAGCGACAGCAGCAACCAUCGUUGACAACCGCGAAGAGAGGCUACAACAAAAAUAUGGACAACAAAAUGCUUAAGAAAAACUUGUCACAAAACAUAGGUCCAUUAUAUAUAUACACACACACACACACAUAUAUAUACAUACAUGUUUAUGUACACACACAAACAAUUCACACAUAUAUGAAGAAUGUCUGUUGUCGUCUUACCUUGAGAUAUGUUGAGUUUUGUUGACAAUGUUUAGGUUGUGGUUGCUGCUGCUAUUCGCCUUGUUGUCGAUAUCCUGAUGAAAAGACAGCGGUUUCAUUCAAUGUCUGCUUUUCUUCCUUGUUCCUUCCACUUUUCUACUUGUUUACACUUCCUUUUCUUCUACAUUCUUCUGUUUACGUUUUUUGUAUCCUUCUCGUUUAAUGUCCUCUCUUUCAAUAUCCUUAUUCAAAACGGACCUCAUUCAUAAUUCAAAGGACUCCUUCUGCACUUCCUUCCAAAAACAGAAGUAAGACAAUAGGAUUUACCAAAGUUUUGAUCAGGACUUCUUUGAAGAAAGUGACGAUAUUGAAACAAAUACAUUUACUAACGCCUAUCGGACGUUCUCGAUAUACUCGACGUAUAUCAACCAUUGAGACACUACUUGAAACUCUAAACAGAGUGAAAAACAAAAAAAUUGACAACGGCGAUGAAUAAAAAAAAAAUCACUCAAUCUAUCCAUAUAUAUAUAUGUAUAUAUAUAUGAUACUCAUCAGCAAAUAUAAUGGUAAUACCAUUUUCUUUGAAGAAUUUCUAAAUGUCUUGUGCACGUUGGUGAAUGAAUGACAAAUCAUAUGAAUGUAUGAAUAAAUAGAAUCUGAACAAAAAAAA